AUGACAACCCAACCAAAUAUACCAACGACACCGGGUAAAUCACGUGGUCACACCUUAUUUGAUCGUCAAGCGCAAUUACAUGCUUACGAUUCAGAUGCAUCAUCAGCUAAGUCGUCGGCUACUUUAUUUGAUGUACCUUUACCACAAGGCAAACCCAUCUAUCCGGUAUUGUCGGCACCUGUUUCAACGUCAUCUGUUAUAUAUCCUCCUCUUCCUCCUCUACCUCAUAAUGAAGCAAAAUCGCCAGUACUUGUUCAUCGUCGAUCACCCUUAUUAUCUUCUGAAAAUUAUGCACAUUCAGAUAAUGAUAAUGUUCAACUAAUUGCUAUUCAUCCUCGGUCUGAAUCAACAUCGUCUAAUAAGGAUUCUCCGCUACCACCACUAUCUUCAUCGAAAACAUCAGAACAAUUUCUUGAAACUGAUUUUCCACUAAUUGAAAGCUCAACAGCACCCACCGAGACAGAACCAUUCGUUAAUAACGUACUACCUAGUAAUUCAGUAUGUUGUGCUGUGAUCGAGAAAGCUUUUGAUUAUUUACAAAAUGGUAAUAAUGACGACAACGAUGAUGAUAAUAAUUAUCUUAUUCAUCAAAGAACUUCAACUCAAAAUGACGAAGACCAAUCAUACAAUGUCGAUGGCUAUGAUAAUGAAGAAAAUUCCGAUGGAGCUGAUAGCGUAGAUACGAUCGAUCUCGAUACAACAACAAGUACUAAUCAUCAAAAUGACAGUGGUAUUCAUACAUUAUCAUCUCAAGUACAAAGUGACCAACCACAUGAUAGUCAUGAAAAACUAAUUGACCAUCAAUCUCCGAUGGCAUCGUCCUCACGUGGAACAGGUAGUGAAGAUAAUGAUAGUGAUUUUGAUAAUCAAUCACACGAAGAUGAUAUUGACAAUGAUGAAGAACAGACAAGUAAUCUUAAACAAGAUGAAGAUUUAAUUAAUGAACAAGAAAAACAGCGAACAGAAUUACUUUUACGACAACAAAGAAUUCUUCGGGGUAUUGAACAAGAAUGGUUACGGAAAGAAAAAACUUACAUUGAGCAAUUAGAAAAAAUGGAACAACAACUCUCUUUUAUCAACGUAGCAAUCAACUUGCAGCAAUUAAUUAAACAAUUAAUUAUUUAUCAUAGGAAUGUUUGUAGAGAAAUUGAACAUUUCAAUGAAAAUGAUCAUGAGCCAACAACUCUAACAAAAAAAUUAGCACGUGCUAUUGAAGCAUUGAUGCAAACACUUACAUUCUAUGAUGAUUACACAAAAAUAAAUCUGGCACCGAUUAGAAAAGCAUUAGAAAAACGAGCUAGCAAUAAUGGAAUGUCCAGUGAAGAUCUUUUAUCUAUUCCUCCUAAGCAAUUUCUUCAAAUUCUUUCGCAAGUACAAGAUUUACAUAAAACAGCUCAAUCAUUCGAAUCAGGUGACAAAGAAAGUUUAAUAAAACUAUAUGAUUAUGCACUAAAAUGUAAAUUAUUUGGUAGUAGACAAGAUGAGAGUAUGAAUAAAGUUAUUUUAAAAAAUGAAGAUGUUGCUACUAUUGGUGUCCGGGGAAAUCGUGAUCGUUGUCGUCUUAUCCUUUAUCCAGAUGUCAUUGUUUGCUGUUGUUUAAAGACAAAAUUACUUCAAAGUCCGAAAUAUGGAAUUCUUUGGUUUAUUCCAAUGAUUGAUCUACAUUGGACAGCACCACUAAGCCCUUCCAAUGAUGAUAUUUAUACCGGUGAUGAAUUAAAAUUAAAUUUAAAAUCAUCUUAUAAAGAAUUAGAAAAAAUACCAAAAUCACAAGCUGUCAUUUCAUCUCGUUUAUCAAAAGCUAUACGUAGGCAAGAAAACGAAUAUAAUUUAGCUCAAUCAAAACUCCAAUUAGUUCUUUCAAAUUCACCUACAACAUCUUCAUCUCGUUCAUCACUACGAUUCGUAAUACUUUUUUCAUCUGCUUAUCAACUUCAAGAUUGGACUGAGUCGAUUGAUAAAACAAAACAAGAACUUGUUGACCGUAGUUCAACAUUAUUGAAUCCUGUAAAUACUCAUCAUCAACGUUUAACUGAUUCUUUAAUACUCAAACGUCUUGAAUUCGUUAAACCUAAUCUACAAGAACAUAAUCCUCAUGAUUCAUCAUUAAUGCCAAAACCAAGUAAAACAUAUUCCGGUACAUUACAUAUAACAAUACAUAGUAUCCAUGGCUCAGCAUUAUUCAGUCCAAUACUACAACAACAACAAAAAUUUCCAACAUUAGCAUCUACAACAAAAAAUAAUUAUCAAUUUUAUGUUGCUGUUGAAAUUGACUCAUACAAUACAUUUUAUCCAUAUGCACAAACAGCUAAACAAGCUAUGCGACAACAAGAAUCAGUAGAAUUUAAAGGCGAAGUAUUUCAAGUUGAAUUAGAAUAUUCUCUUGCAUUUCGUCUACUGAUCUAUCGUUUCGAUACUACAAUCAAAAAUAAUACUAACAAUAAUACAGAACGAUCACAAUGUAUUAGUAAAUUUCAUCGAAAUAUUGAAACUGCAUUACAUGAAUGUGACCGUGACCUAAAUGGAAUAUUAACUAUUGAAUCCCCAUCAAGUGAUUUAAAGUUAAAAAUUUCAUUAAAAUAUUCAAAACGUGAAGGUACAUUUAAAAGAAUCGGAUCUAAACGAAGUUUAGCUGUAUUCGGAAAAAGUAUUGAAAAAUUAUUAAGUACACCAAAUGGAUGUAUCGAUGGUAUUCCACGUAUAAUAUUAAAAUGUAUUGAAAUGGUUGAUCGAGAUGGUUUAAAAGAAACAGGUAUCUAUCGUGUUUGUUGUGUUACGUCGGAUUUACAAAAGCUUCGUCAUCAAUUCGACCGAAAUUAUCAUCGUGGUGAAGAAAUGUUAACUGAAAAAAAUGUACAUGUUGCAGCUAAUUUAUUAAAAUUAUUUUUCCGCGAACUACCUGAACCAUUAUUUACGAGUACAUUGUACACUGAAUUUUUAAAUGCUAUUCAAUUAACGGAUAUCGAUAAUCAACAUGUUAUUCUAUUAAAAACACUCGAAUCAUUACAUCCUGACAAUCGAAAAAUUCUAUUCUAUCUAUUAGAUCAUUUGAUACGAGUUAGCCAAGAUUCGGAUAUAAAUAUGAUGCAUUUGGAUAAUCUAGCUGUUGUUUUUGGGCCAACAUUAAUGAGGCCAUCAAAAUUGAUCGUAAAAAAUUAUUUUUUUGGUAGUAAUCAACGUUUAAAUGCGAUUGGUACUAAUACGCCAACAGAUCUUGAUCAGAUGUCAUCAGAAUUGCAAGGUUCAAUGUAUCAGUGUCAAGUUGUGCUUGCUUGUUUAAAGUUAAGACGAGAUGGUUUAUUGAAAUGA